CUGUAGCAUUUGCUGUUCUAGAAAGUACAGAGACACGUAGUGAAAAUGGGAGGAUCUAGAAGGAGGCUGUCUCCUGUGUAGUGUAUAUUUAUCUGUAAGUGAGCCUUUGAGGAAGGAAUUAAAUACAGAGACGUGGUUUGCUUGCUGCCUUAAGACAGCGAAGCUGAAUUGCUGAUUUGCUUUAACUUUUAAAAUACCCAGCUUGGUUUAUUUUUCUUAGAAUCGUACUGCUAAGACUGGGGACGCUGUUUUCUUUCACAAAGGGAAAUCUAAGUUCAUUUCAAGGCAUUCGAAAUGGGGAAAGACUAUUAUUGCAUUUUGGGAAUUGAAAAAGGAGCUUCAGAUGAAGAUAUUAAAAAGGCUUACCGAAAACAAGCCCUCAAAUUUCAUCCGGACAAGAACAAAUCUCCUCAAGCAGAGGAAAAAUUUAAAGAGGUCGCAGAAGCUUAUGAAGUAUUGAGUGAUCCUAAAAAGAGAGAAAUAUAUGAUCAGUUUGGGGAGGAAGGGUUGAAAGGAGGAGCAGGAGGUACUGAUGGACAAGGAGGUACCUUCCGGUACACUUUUCAUGGUGAUCCUCAUGCCACAUUUGCAGCAUUUUUUGGAGGUUCCAACCCCUUUGAAAUUUUCUUUGGAAGACGGAUGGCUGGUGGUAGAGAUUCUGAUGAAAUGGAAGUAGAUGGAGAUCCUUUUAGUGCCUUUGGAUUCAGCAUGAAUGGAUAUCCAAGAGACAGAAAUUCUGUGGGGCCAUCCCGCAUCAAACAAGAUCCUCCAGUUAUUCACGAACUUAGAGUAUCACUUGAAGAAAUAUAUACUGGUUGUACCAAACGGAUGAAGAUUUCUCGAAAAAGGUUAAAUCCUGAUGGAAGGAGUUAUAGAUCUGAGGACAAAAUUCUCACCAUCGAGAUUAAAAAAGGGUGGAAAGAAGGCACCAAAAUUACUUUUCCAAGGGAAGGAGAUGAAACACCAACUAGUAUCCCAGCAGACAUUGUUUUUAUCAUUAAAGAUAAAGAUCACCCAAAAUUUAAAAGGGAUGGAUCAAAUAUAAUUUACACUGCUAAAAUUAGUUUACGAGAGGCAUUGUGUGGCUGCUCAGUUAAUGUGCCAACAAUGGAUGGAAGAACCAUACCUAUGUCAAUAAAUGAUAUUGUGAAGCCUGGAAUGAGGAGAAGAAUUAUUGGAUAUGGGCUGCCGUUUCCAAAAAAUCCUGAGCAGCGUGGCGACCUUCUAAUAGAAUUUGACGUGUCCUUCCCAGAUACUAUAUCCUCAUCAUCCAAAGAAGUACUUAGGAAACAUCUUCCUGCCUCAUAGAAUGAAAAACUUUGUUACCCAUAUUUUGAUAAGGCACUGAAAAUAUAAAAGGACUGGCAGUUUACUGAUGUAGAUGUGAAUUCUGUAUAAAGAUGUGUAAAUUAUUUUGAGGAUUCAUUAAAUUGCAUGAAUAGAGACGGGUCAAAUAAAUAGGCAAAAGGGAUUUUUACAGUGAGAGAUGAAGAAACAACCAUUCACUGUAUUUUAUUUUAUUUCUCCCAAAUCAGAAAUUUUUAGUAUUUUGCUUACAUGUAAAAUUUGUUUUUGUGGAGUUAGUAGAUAGAUUUCUAAUAAAGUACUAGACUAUCCAAGUACUUUAUUUCUUUUAUCUUUACAUUAUCAGUAUGAUAGUUUCUCAUUUAUAAUGGAAAUUUAAGUUCUUAACUAACCUACACAGGUGAUUUGUAUUUCUAGAAAAUAAAAACCCAAGUCAUUUGGAAAUGUGGUUAACUAGAUUUAAAUCUCCAUCUGAAAUGCUGCUAUAGGGCUGGGACCCAUAAAAGAAUAUCCUAAUGCAUAUGUUUUGAUUUUUAAAGUAUGCUAUAGCAUUUCCUACUAACAUGAUUGUAAUGUUCUUUUUUGGGUUUUUUUUGUUUUUUUUUUUAAUUCUUAUGUUAAUCCCCAUACA